ACCAAACACAUUUCUCUACCUUUCUUCCUUAUCACCUCCCCAAGUUCAGCCGGAAAACAAGGAAAUUCACCGGAGACCCGCCGGAGUUUUGCCCUCUAGCUAGUUAAGUUUCAGAGCUUUGACUGGUUCGUUCCAGAAGGGAAUAUGGAAAGCAAGGUAACUUGCGAGAAUGAUCUCAACUUCAAGGCAACCGAGCUCAGACUAGGGUUGCCGGGAACAGAUGAUUCUGAGAAACACACGCCUCCUAGUGUUAGGAGCAACAAGAGGGCCUUGUCUCAUGAGACUACAGAGGAUAGUAGGUCUAAGAGUAACUCUGGAACCUCUGAUUUCGGGGAUGAUGAGAAGGAAGCUCCACCUGCAGCCAAGGCUCAAGUAGUUGGGUGGCCACCAAUCCGAUCAUACAGGAAGAAUUGCUUCCAACCCAAGAAGACAGAACCUGAGAGUGCUGGAAUUUACGUGAAAGUGAGCAUGGAUGGAGCUCCUUACCUGAGGAAGAUUGACCUCAAGGGAUACAAAGGCUAUCCUCAGCUACUCAAAGCCUUGGAGAUCAUGUUCAAGUUGACAAUAGGUCAAUACUCAGAGAGGGAAGGCUACAAUGGAUCUGACUAUGCACCUACAUAUGAAGACAAAGACGGUGACUGGAUGUUGGUUGGAGAUGUUCCAUGGGAAAUGUUCAUCUCCUCAUGCAAAAGGCUGAGAAUCAUGAAAGGAUCAGAAGCUAGAGGCCUGGGUUCAUAUGUAUAAAACCCACCAACCCAAAACAACCCAUAUCAUAUUGGAGAGAAGAAAGAGCUAGAGAUGUCACCAUGAACAACAGAUCUUUCAGCUUGGGUUCUCCAAGAAAGCAGUUUAUUGGAUUUGGAUCUCUCUGUUGUGUUUUCUGAAGAUGGAUCAAGAGGUGCAAACAGUAAAAAAAAAAAAAGGAAAAAGAAACUUGGCAGAUUACACCUUUUUGCUUUUUAUAAUAUUAGAUCAGAUAUAUCAAAACAAGGUCUAUGGCUUCUUUUUGAGCCCUGUGGUUUUCUUUCUUGUAAUAAUCUUUCAAAACCAAAACUGAAUAUAGAGAUCCCUGCUGCAAUUGUAAAGGAAAAAGAA